ACAAUCGACGCCCGGAAGUUGGAUGGAUACGGAAGUUAUGGAGGCGGGACUUAUUCUGGAGAGGUCUAUGAUACAAGUGCACCACGAACAUAGGGCCUAAAUACCAAAUACCUUGAGUAGGCCUAUGCCAAAACCUGACACUUUUUAAUAUGCGCGUAGCAUAUCUUUGUAUGAUCGUGUGUGCGUGUUCCACUGCUUGCAGUUAGGCCUAUGAAAGAAGUCGUUUAAUCUACAUGAUGCAUUCAUGGUGCAAUUACAUGGUGCUUGCGACACUUGAUUUUUACUCUGAGGGAAAUGUUGACACCUCCAAUCAGGCUACUACCAGAGCCCGUCUGCAUAACUCGCGCUCUGCUUCCGCUUGCAAAGGUAUUUACGACCCUUGUAAUGUGAUUUUUUUUCUAAAAUACUGAAUUUUGCAUGCCAGUUAUAAAUAGUCCUGUCCAAUAUCAACAGUCCAAUUGGGUUCAUUGCUAAACCACACCCUCCAACCAGGCCUCAUGACAGGUUCCAGUCCAAUCCUCAGUGACCCUGCUUAAUUGCAAUUGAACACGAUCAGUCACACUUUAACAAGACCAUCCCCUCACAGAACCUAGAUCUUCUGACUAGUGAUCGUAAGGCAAUUUGGGUCAGACAUCAGUUUACAGGAGCUGGAACAAGGAAAACAACCAUGGCAGGAGGCAGAGGCAGAGGAAUGGCAGCCUUCUCCUUCAGGGUGGAGAACCUGGGCAUCACCAGGGGCAACAUGCCAGAUGGCAGAAAGGGGCCUAACCCACUUUACCCAGCGAUGGAGUAUAAACCUGUGGCGCUGGAGCUAAGCCAGAGUGAUGAUUACAUGCUCGCCCUGAAACAGGAGAUCAGGGGCACGAUGCGCAAGUUGCCAUGCUAUCUGAAGGCUAAUGUAGCCAAGUCAGAAGUGGAGAAGUAUAAAGAUAAGUAUGUAAGGGAAAGUCAAAAAAUUGAGGAUGAGGAGUGGACACCAGUAUCAAAGAAGAAACCCAGAACACUAACCAGCUUGGAAAAAGACGGUUUGCUCUCAAAAUUAAGCGAGCUGGAGAAGACGGACAACGUAAACGCAGAUGAAGAAAAAGAAGAGGAGAAGGAAGAAAAAAAGAAAGGAGAAGAUGAUGCUGAAGAUGGAGAGGAAAUUGAAGGAGAGGAGUAUGAUGAUGAAGACCUUGAGGAGGAGAAUGACUACAUUGCCAGCUACUUUGAAGAUGGUGAUGACUUUGGAGCUGGCAGUGAUGACAACAUGGACGGUGAAGCUACAUAUUAAAGUAAUCAGUCAUGGUAUAUUUGUAAAUAUGUGUAUGAAUUGUCCUGAGGAGAAAGUAGUGCUGGUUAAUUAUUCCAUCGUUUAAUGCAAAAUUAAUUAUGAAUAAAUACUAAAUGGAUGGCUGUAA